CAACGGCAACAGCUGCGGCACUUAAUCAUAGACUGAAACAAUAAAAAAAAUAACAAGCGAAGCGACUUCGUAGCCGCCAACUGCCAAGCAUCAACCAGUGACAGCUACUGCCAAAGUAAUCCGCUUGGCAACAGCUGUCACCACUCAGCUCCGUACGRAAAAUGUUUCCCCGCCUGCCCGGURCAAUUGGAGCGGAUAUCUUUCUCGGUGCCACCACCACUGUGCGCACAGUAUUCCCAAACUCGCGUCUAGACUCGCUAUCCGGCAACAGCGGCGUUGGCGACGGCGGCAACAAUGCGCACCAUCACACGCACCUUAGCCACCAACAGUCGCAGGACGGCUCCGCCACGCCAGCGCCCGCUUUUGGCAAUCAGCAGCAAUCGCCGUACGACUCGCCCAACAACAAUAACUUCGCGGCCACAGCGACGUUGGAUGCGGACAGUGGCGGUGGCGGUGGCGGCGUCAGCAGCAGCUUCAGUCCACUAGGUGCCGCAGAUGCGGCGCACAAUAAUUACCUGCCCGAAGACGAUGCAGACUGGUGGUCGAAUGCCAUCGAAGAGGACACUUUCGACUCGCCGCUCGCGUUCGAUAGCAGCGAGAAUGGUUUGUGGAAUGGGCGUUUUGUACCGCCACCACCACGCCCACCAUUCCUGGAUGACGGCGUCGCCGCGGACGGACUUACCACCUGUGAUUUAUGUACGUGGGCAUGGCAGCGCAAUGCCUACUCGCUAGAUGGAUCGAUUG